UGGGGUCAUGAAGAGUCAGACAACGACUGAAAAUAACUGAACAACAAAAAUGUUUUCUUCACAGAACAGUUUGAAACAAGGUCAGUAACCCAACAAAUUUGCAUUUGUGCCGCACAACUGUUUCAAAAGCAUGCCAGGUUCCCUGGGCUCAGCCUGGCCAGCCAAUAGAAAGAUCCUGCCCUGCCCCUCGGGCCUAUAACAGUAGCAAUAAAUAACAACCAGGCUUCAGGCAGCCUUGGAGACGAUUCUGCCUAUCCUCCUUCCAAGGCCACCUUCCAGGGCUGGCCCAGCCUCAAGACCAUCAAACAAGCACUCUUCCUGAUCCACACACAGUGCUGGGAGGGGCUCCCUGCAUCACUGCCCUGAAUUCUGUGAACUUUCAUGCUGUUCUCUAUUAUCCAGACUCUGGCUAAACUCCUGUAGACUUCUUUGUUCUUCUAGAGAUUAAACAGCUGCCCAAUGAGAAACAGACCUCAGACUACUUUUCAGCAGUUCCUGCAGGGUAGUGAACUAGCUCCUCUCCAGGAGACACCCCCAGCUCAGAGGGCCACAUUGUUCAUUUCAGACUUGAGGUUCCUGGCCAAUGAUCCCUGUGAUGGGAAAGGUAACCUUGGGUCCCAUGGUUUCCACUGCUCCUCCUGACUUUACCUCAUUGAUCAGGGCCCCAGUUUCCCAUUUAUAAAAUGAUGAGGGUGGAUCCCUAAGGUUUCUUCAUUCUAAAUCUUUGGCUCCUAUGAUCCCUAAAUCUCUUCGGUAAGGGACCCUCAGUGGAUAGGUCAAAAGUAAGGGAUCCCCAACUAAUAUUGUCUCCUGGCAGUUAAGAGGGAGGGGAGAAAAUCACUACCUAUUUCUGGACCUAGGGAGGCUCCAUGAUCCAUGCCUGUAUACUAACUCCUCCCCAGCUCACGCUUAGACACGCCUGCACCUGCAGCCACACCUGGCCUUGGUAGGAGUCAGGGUGAAUCUCAGCAGGUGCAGGUCCUAAGCUGGACAGAUUUUCCACAUUUGUGAGUUCUUGUCAGAGCUCGUCUUGGGGGGUGGGAGGAAAGAAGGCAGCACACCAAGACUGGUGCCUCAGGGCUUGAGAUGGCUAGAGGGAGGCAGGGAUGGACUGGUGGAGCCCACAGGGGUCCUGCGGGGCCCUUGGGAGCCCUUUCUCUGGCUGCACUGGCUGAGGAUAUUCAGAUCAACCGACAGGGGACUGGACCCAGUCUAGGGCAGCCCCCCCAGGAGUCUGAGAGCCCCGCUGAACCAGUCACUGCACCAAGGAUGGAGAGUCUGGAACCUGAUACUGCCACUGGGGUGCUGAGAAAUGAGCCCCACUCUCCAAAGGCUUCAGACCCUGAGCCCCAGCCCUGGGAGCCUGAACAGCAUCCUCAAUGCCUUCUGGUCCCUGGUUCCUUGGCAGAUUUUGCUGUUCAAACUGUGGUUUGCCUUGAGGAUGCUGGUAUCUCAGGGACCCAGGCCUUGGCCUUCAGUCUCUCCUCGGCCUUGGACGCUCAGGGUGGAGAGCUCCCAGAAAAGGUACGGGAGGUGGUCCAGGGACUGCAUGGACAGAUGACCCAGCUCUUGGAAGGCAGGCCAAGGAGGGUGGCCCUGAGGGCACUUUGCUCAUUGGCUGCAGAACACACAAGCGAAGUGGUCCAGACCCUAUUGUCUCACUCUCUGCCCUGUGACAGUGCGGCAGCUGAGUUGUGGCGAGGCUUGAGCCGGAACCAGAGGGUGAAUGGGCUGGUCCUGGUGCACCUGCUGCAGGAGGUAAAGGGCCCACCCCAGAUCCAGGACCCCAGCCCCAGCUCCAGCCCUGGCCUCAGUCCCCAGCUGGUCAAGCCCCAAGCCCAGGCAUUGGCUGCCACAAGAGCACUAGGAGAGAUGUUGGCAGUGUCAGGAUGUGUGGCCGCCACAAGGGGCUUCUACCCACAAGUGCUCAUUGCGCUAGUUACACAGCUGCACCAGCUAGCCUGGUGUGCCCACUCCCCCCAAGUUCAAGUGAAGGUCCGGGGUCCUCCCCCCAACCAUGCUAGCUGUGCUGUGGAAGCUUUGAAGGCCCUGCUCAAUGGGGAUGGAGGUCGAAUGGUGGUUACCUGCAUGGAGCAGAGUGGGGGCUGGAGGCGCCUCAUAGGAUCUAGGACCCAUCUGGAGGGUGUCCUCCUGCUGGCCAGUGCCCUGGUGGCUCAUGCUGACCAUCACCUGCGUGGGCUCUUUGCAGACCUACUUCCACGUUUACAAAGCGCAGAUAAAGCUCGACGCCUGACUGCUAUGGCCUUCUUCACUGGGCUUCUUCAGAGUCAGCCCACGGCAAGGCUAUUGAGAGAUGAAGCCAUUGUGCAGCGUCUGACUGCCUGGCAGGUAGAUCCCGAGCCCACUGUGCGCUGGCUUGGCCUCCUGGGCCUGGGCCACCUGGCCCUGAACCGCAGAAAGGCGCGGCACGUGGGGACGUUGCUCCGGGCUCUUUUGGGCGCGCUUGGCGAGGCGGACACGCGGCUGGUGGGGGCGGCCCUGGGCGCGCUCCGGAGGCUCCUGGUGAGGCCCAUGGCUCAAGCGCACGUGAGUGCACAAUGUACCAGCCUGGGCUGGCGCCUGAGGCCGCUGCUGGACCACGAUCAGGAUUCUGUUCGUGCCUCAGCUAUCGGGCUCCUGGGCACCUUAGUGGGUCGUUGCUCCCCGCGGCGCGCUAGGGCGGUGCGCGAGCUGGUGCUGGGCAGCCUGGUGACCCUGUUGCUGCGCCUGCAAGACCCAAGCCUGGAUGCUGCCGAGAGUGCAGAGUGGACGUUAGCUCGUUGUGAUCGAUUCCUGGGCUGGAGGCUGCUGGAGGAGAUCUCAGCCAUGGUUCACUAUGACAGCCCAGAGGCUCUAAGCCGCACGUGCAGACGACUGGCACAGUGGUACCCUGGCCGAGCCUCUGACUUCUUGAGCCAGGCCCAAGGCUACCUGAAGAGUUCCCAGGUUCCCAUUCGCCGGGUGUCAGCCAUGUUCAUAGGGUUUCUGAUCCAUCACAUGGACCCUGACUGUGUCAGCCCUGGCCUGGUGGACUCACUGCUGCAUGACCUUGGGGAAAUGCAGUGGGAUGCUGAACUUUGCAUUCGAGAUGUCUCCCAUAUCACUAUGCACCAAGUACGGCUAGUGUGUCGGGACCAGGACUCCCCCAGACGUGGCAGUUUCUCCCCUUGGAAGCUGUUGUGCUGCUGGGGCCACCGCCAAGAUCAGGAGAUACCCGUCUAUGAGGACAGCCCUUUCAAGCCUAAGAGCCGGGCUGCCCUGUGGGGGUGUGGGGGGCCAUCCUGAGCUGCCUCCUAGCUCUGUAUUGAAGAGCAUUGUUCAGCCAAGGAAGCAAGGUCACUUGCUCUUGCCCAGACCUCACCUAGGUAUUCACAACCCAGGCAUGGAGAUGGAUUCCUUAAACCCUUCAUGGGGGGAACCUUCCCAGGUGUAUCUGACUGGGAGCCUGUUCCUUGGGGGAAGGGUGGAGCCCCUGGACAUUUGUCUCUUUGAUGUGAUUGAUGUCUUUAGGAUGAUCACAGCCAACUUAGGGGUGUCUCUCAGACUUUCUCAUUGUUACUUCCUGGUCCCACAAGAUCAUGUAAACCAGGAACCCAUCACUCCUUAAUGCAUGCUAAUGCAGCCUAUGGCCCAAACUGUUUAUGUCAAACCCUCUCCAGGGGAAGUGGGUAUUCCUUUUCCCUACCUCCCCACUUCCCCAAAUGGAGAGGUUUCUCCUACCUGUGUCUUUUUAACUGAUAGAGGGAUUCCCACCUGGCCCUGAGAGGCGAGGCUCCCAAAGAGGAGGCAUGAGGGUAUCUCCUCUCUCCUUAGUGAAGAGAAGGCUGGAGGCAGGGACAGGGAGAGAUCACAGGGAAGCCAAAUGCUACCUCAUAUCCCAGCCCUUCAAUAGCUCCUGUACCCCAAUUCUUGUCCUCUGUCCUACUCCCUUCCAAAGUGGUCUGUAGGACAUGGCAGAAAGACUGAGGAAGGAGACAGCCCUGGGUUCUAGUCCCAGCUCUGUCAUAAGUAGCAGCAUGACCUUUGUCACUUGCCCUCUCUGAUUGAUAUCCCUUUUGUAAAAUGGAGACAGUAGUUCCUACAUCUUGGACAGAGAGUUUUUGGGAGGAAAGUGCUUUGUAGAUGACAAAGCUAUAGAACAAAUGAGACCUCCCAUCCCUCAUCAGUGUGGGACAUUAGGCAGAGUCCAGGUGACCCAGGCUAUAGAGAGAUCCCAGCAUGAGCCAAGCACAGAGGUACAAACAUGAGGGCAAGCUAGCUUUCCCUCUGUCUGAUCUCCUAGCACUUUAUAGACAGACUCUUUUGACGCACUGAUUGAUAGUAUUUAGAUAUUUUUGAUUUCUCUGCUGAUGUGCCUCACCUAUUAAGCUGUAAGCUCUUGGAGGGCAGGGGCUCCAUCUUAUUCCUUUUUGCCCCCACCCCUCCACUCCAGCACUAAGUGUUUCCCCUCCUCUGUAAAAUGAGAAAAAUACUUGCAUUCCCCUAUCUCAUGGGGUUGUAGUGAGGAGGGCACCCUGUAAAUCCUAAAGGGGAUAGCAAUGGGAGUGGUAGCUUUUAUUGUUGUUGGAUGAUGAAUAGAUGUCUGUUGAAUGAAUGAAGAAUAGAAGAGUAAGUACAUAAAGUGAGUAAGAGACCAUGGGUUCAGGGCCAGGCAGACAAGAACGGGGCUGUUACUCAUGAAUUGAGAGCAACCCCUAGACCUGAAUGUACCUUUUCACUAGGGUCAUUUUCCACCCUGUUGUCUAGCAAGUACUUCCCUGCAAGCCUCUCCCCAACUCUCCUGCCAUCAUUUCCCUAACAUUCCACCUCUUGGUGGAACCUGUUGCUCUAGGAACCUGUCGUCACAUCUAUAGCUACUGCUUCUGAAAAGGGGGUCAACUGACUGCCCUACUGUUCCCCUUACCAGCCUUAUGCCUUCCCAGACCAAAACAUCCCUCUGUGGCCACCACUCUCUUACUUGUGAUGUCUCUGCCUAUAAAAUAUAAAUUCCUGGAGGGCAGGGCCUGUCUCGCUUUUGUAUCUGUAUCCUCAGUGCUUAGCACUUCGUGCC